UCCCAAAACCUACCUACUUUUUACUGAUUUGCUAUUAUUACCAUAUGUACUUCCGAUUCCUUGUACCCUCUCCUAUAUUACAUAUAUAUAUAUAUAUAUAGAUAUAUUUGAAUUUGAGCACCAAUUCCUCGUUGAUGUUUCAUCACUUACCCAUUCCUUUCUUUCUCUCUUUCUCUCUUCGCAUCUCAAGAAGCUUUCGUUUUUCUGGAAAUGGGUUUUGCCAUUGAUGAAGAUGGUAGUAGAGAAAAUGAAAUGACGAUGUCGGAGAGUGGGGAAUACCAUAAGGGAGUGAAAUAUCUAUGUGGGAAUGGGAUAGCUAAAGUCCCUGCCAUGUAUAUAUUGCCUGUCUCAGAACGGCCUGAUAUUGAUCCAAGAAAUAUUAAUAUUGCCAGCAAUCAUAGCAUCAAUUUGCCCAUUAUUGAUUUUGCUCAGCUUCAAGGCACCAACAGAUCUCAGACUAUAGUUUCCCUUGCAAAAGCCUGCCAAGAAUAUGGAUUUUUCCAGUUGAUAAACCAUGGCAUUGAAGUGGAUUGUAUUGAUGGAAUAAGAGAUGUAAGUAAGAAAUUUUUUGGACUUCCAUACGAAGAGAGAUCCAAGUACAUGUCAAGGGAUAUGCAUUCCCCAGUUAGGUAUGGAACAAGCUUUAACCAAAACAAUGACAAAGUUUUCUGUUGGAGAGACUUCUUGAAGCUUAGCUGUCAUCCCUUAUCAGAAGUUCUUCCUUCCUGGCCCUCUUCUCCUCCUGAGCUAAGGCAAGCGGUGGCCAACUUCUCAAUGAAUACAAAAUCGUUGUAUCUAAAGUUAAUGGAGGCUAUGCUAGAGAGCCUGGGAUUAAUAGAAACCACAGCGAACGGGAUUAAUAAUGGAAAAGAGAGUAGUAGUAGUAGUAGUAGUAGUAGUACAAUGGAAUUUGAAGAUGGAAGCCAAUUGAUAGUGAUGAAUUGCUACCCUUCAUGCCCUGAACCUGAAUUAACACUAGGGAUACCACCCCAUUCCGACUAUGGCUUUCUUACUCUUCUUCUUCAAGACCAACAGGUUCAGGGUCUUCAAAUUCAACAUCAACAAGAAUGGGUCAAUGUGGAACCACUUCCUAAUUCUUUCAUUGUCAAUGUUGGUGAUCAUCUCGAGAUAUUCAGCAAUGGAAGAUACAAGAGUGUGCUCCACAGGGUAGUAGUAAAUUCAUACAAGUCACGGAUCUCUGUUGCUUCAUUGCAUAGCCUUCCAUUUGAUGCCGUUGUUCGACCAUCACCAAAACUCAUUGACAUAUCCAAUCCAAGACGUUACAAGGACACCGACUUUUCCAAUUUCCUCCACUAUAUUGCAUCCCGUGAGCACAACACCAAGAAUUUCCUGGACUCUAGGAAAUUGACUUGAUCAUCAUGAUCAUUUUAUCAGAUUAAUACACCAUUGGCCAAAAAAGUCUUGGGGUUUUGACUUUUUAGGAUUACCAAAUGACAGCAAAUCUUACUUGUAUUAAUUAAUAAAUUUGGUUUUCAAAUUUGUCUUCAACGAGAUCAAGGCUUAUACUAUUUAUGCUCAAUAAAUAAAAUAUUUGAAUUAUUUGCCUCCUAAGUUCUUCCUUGUUCAGUACGGCUCACUUGAAAUUAAUUCAUCUACUACCAACCUAGGCCUUGCCCCACAACCAUGUUUGUAUAAUUUUCCAUGUGUAUGAUAGUUGGAAUGUAUUGUGUGUGUGUAUAUAUCUAUAUGUACAUAUAUAUAUGAAACUAGAUUUAAAUUAUAAUUGAGGUGUCA